AUCAUCAAUUAUUUCUUAAUAUAUUUAAAUAAAUUUGGGUUACCUCUUAAAGUCAAAUUGUAUGGAAGGCUGAUUUGCAAGUAGUUUGGAAAUUUGGGGCUAAUCUAUAAAUUCCAAAAACUAUAUCCAUAAACUCCCCAAACGACCCGUCAGUCUGCCUUCUUCUCCGAUGCACCGGUCUGGCGAAGCAGCGGCGAAAGUCCAGCGACGAACGUUACAACGGCCACCUUCCUCCGCGGUCAUCCGACCCGCGACGAUUUCCGGCGAGACACAUCCGCCGCGUCAAUCCCAACAGCGGCUAAACAAACAGAAGUCAAGAGGUGGGCAAAGUGCAGUGGCAGCGACGACCCACCGGCGGCAACAACUCCUCCGACAUGGCAGCAGCCUCCCCGACGGUGGAAGACCUGACGACGAUUUGGCUCCAAUCUCCAAGUCCCUCCGCGCCUACGCCCUCAUCUGGAUCCACCCCAACCGGAAGCGCACCACCACCGUCGACCACCACGGCCACACUAGCCCCACCUGGAACAGCAAUUUCUCCUUCAAAGUUGACCGCGAGUUCCUCGAGUCCGACCAGUCCGCCGUCUCCGUCGAGAUCUACACCGUUUCGUGGUUCCGGGACGUCCUCGUCGGGACUGUCGCCGUGAACCUCAAAAAUCUAUUCUCUCCGCCGUCAGCGUAUGGGAAGAGAUCUGUGGCUCUCCAGAUCCGCCGCCCCUCGGGAUCUCCUCAGGGAAUGCUCAACAUCGAAGUCGCUCUACUCGAUGGCGCGUCAUUCCGAGGCAUGCCGCUAGCUGACGUCACCUCCACGUCAUCGAAUUACAGGAAAGAUCUAGAAUUCGAUCGAAGGAACGCUCUAGAACACGAGAUCGGGGAAGACGACGACGAGAGACAGAGGAUCGGCGCGAAGGUUCUUCAAUGGCGUCGAUCCAUGAGCGCGGACAUGUCAGAUCUGAACUGCGAAGACUUUCCUGAGAACUCGGGAUCCAUUUGCAACGGAUCGACGGUGAACGGCGGCUCGGAAGUUUGCUCCGACGUAGGGCCGUCGGCUUCCAUCGUGGCGGCGGAGAUAGCCAGGGAUCGACAGCGGUUGAGGGAGUCGAGAGAAAGGGGAGUCGGAGACAGCAUGGUGCUGGCGGCGGAAGAAGCAGGCGGGAGAGGAUUGAGGACGAAGAUGGAGAGAUGGAGGAGGGAGACGACGGCGGAGGAAAGGGAUGAGGUUGACACGAUGAUUGCGAGAAGCGGUCACCGGCGGCGGAAUUCCGAUAGCGGUGUGUAUUCGUGCUUCGUGUACGGAUUUCAAUUUACAAUUGUUUGCGGUACGAAAAAUAAAAAAUCAGUUACGGAUGAAAUCAAUUAUUCUGAUUAAAAACCUUUGGCAUCUGAAAUUGGCAGCAAAUCUCUUUAUUUGUCAAUUCUAACUUUUUAAUGUAAUAUUUUCUCGGAAUCAACAAAAUAAAUUCUCACACGAUUUUUAAACUAAUUGACCACAACGCCAAAAUAGAAUAAAAUAGGUGAAAUUUG